AUGGCGAAAAAUUGCAGACUGGCAUUCCUCUUACAAAGUUCUUUUGUAGUCUGCCUUUUUACAUGCGUAAAGUGCUAUGAAGUUGACGUCACAGUUAUGGACGACGGGCAGAUUGUGGACGUUGCGAAGUUUGAUAUCAUAGACGGGGACGUGCCACCAUUCGAAACGCCGCACGAUCACUGGAAGGUGUCAUCCAUCUUAGCAACAAAGGAUGCCGGAUCUGCGGGACGGAUGAAGAGGUCAGGUGUAUCCACACUUCCAAUUGCUACUGCCGCUCCUUACGAUGUCUGCAUUGACGUCAACGGAAAGGCCGGAAAUGGAAAACAGGCGAUGAACAUCGAGCGGGGUAGGACGCUGCGUCUGCCAUGUCACAAGUGUGACGUCAACGGUGACGACAAGUUUGCACCAAUGCAAUGGGUAAAGCUUAGCUAUGCACCGGGAGCGACCGGGUUGUAUCAUAUACAUGAACUGGUUCCCGAUUUGUAUUCCGACGAAAAGCGGAACCGAAUAUCAACGGCUAUCGACCACACUUUGUUUAUAAAGAGAGCCAGGCUGUCAGACGCCGGAACAUACUUUUGUACACCGACAGAAAAUAAAUCGUUUACAGAUAUGUGGCUGCCUUGGGUUGAACUUAAGGAGUACAUUUUGAGGGAGUUACACCUGCAGUUUUAUUUUCACGUUGACGUCAUUGAUCUAAACGAGGCUGCUAUUAUUGAUGUUUCAAGCGGUUUAAAUAAUAGUGCGCGUGAACCGGAAGUCAUUGAAGCUCGCAAUAUUGCGGUCGUUACCAAUUGGCAACCUUGGACGUCGUGUAGCGUCUGUGGAGAUGUGGGCAUGCGCAAAAGGGUCGGCUUAUGCACGGUCAGAAAACAUGACGUCAGGUACAUGGUUGAUGACAAAUAUAUUGAGCACGUGCUAAAACUUGGCGGGAAAGACGGCAUUCCAUGUCAGUCGCAAAUGUUGGCGGAGUUAGCAGCCGAGAAGUUCAUGCAGCGACCAAACGAAAUGCAAAUGGAAGAAUGUCACGUGCCUUGUACGUCAGCAAAAUCUAUGCGUAGCAGACGAUCAAUUUCGAAGUCGGAAAUUCGGGCGGAACCAGACAAACGGAAGCUAAAAGGAAAAGUAAAAAAAGUAAAGUCGAUCGAAGGUACUUACCUGGUUCUGGUCUGUCCGGGGUCCGGCCUCUCCAAAACUGUUGUCUGGGUUAACGGAACAGCGCUAUUACCCACAAUGCAACUACGGAAACUGACUAACAAUCGGAUAACCUUUGAUUUACUCGGAAAUAUGCAUUUUGUGUCGGUUGCGGCAAACGAUACGGGAGUUUACUCGUGUUGGAUAAAGAACAAAUUGAAACAAAGGUUCAUUGUUACGGAAAGUUCAGAGACGCUCAAAGUCAAAAAGAAAGAAGACUCAGGGUAA